ACUAGGUGUACAAGUACUGGUAGCUACUUGUACAGUACCAGAUAAUCUUUGCUCGCACCAACUGCUCCCGGGUCUCUCGUGAUACCUUCUACUACUGCCUACCCUGCAGUCGAUGUCUGAUAUACGGAGCAGACAUAUCACGUAGCGCAACGAUGAUAGGCCCAUGGGUGUGGAGACCAGAGAUCUAGGAACUGGAACGGGAACCUCGAACCUCCAAAAUGAUCACAUUCAGCCUUUGAGCCAGUCGUUGCACGAGACCUGUGAAUGAUGGUCACGCCUGUCUCUGAAUAGCGACAUUUCGCCCCCGCGACAGGGCACGAAGGUGGUGGUGCAUGGAAAUUCUCUCACCAUGAUUCUCAAGUCGGGUCCCAGGUCUGCGUCUCACAUCACUCAAGGCGGUGUUGUCGUCGUUGGGCAGUGCCGCGCGGCGUACGAGUAUUGUGUUUCUCAACCCUUCCCCCCCACUGCCCCAGGAAAUACCUAGGUAGAUACCUACCGACCUGAUACCGAUACCAAGUCCAUACCAAGUCUACCUCUACCUCUACCUCUACCUCUACCCCCAACACCACCACGGUCCGCAGCUUACACAACAUAUGCAACCUCCCCGACGGAUAUCACUUCCGCGUGGAACUCCCUCUAUAUCAUCCUAAUGUCUUCCUCCCGCAGGAGAACUCCAACAUGGACCGACCUCACCAUGACGCCGAAUAACGCAGCUCCCUCGGCCGAUACAUCGCCCCUCGCGUCUCCACGAUUCUCACGAACUCAGAGUGCCGUGAGCACCCACGAUGAGCGAACUCCGCUGCUGGGAGGCGGUCUCUCCCACGGUGCUGGUCGAUCCAGGAUUCGGCUGCAGGAUGCCAAUAAUGGCAAUGGAAGGCCUCGUCUUUCCCGCCAUGCGAGUGUUAAUGGUACUAGCUAUCCCACUCUACAAAUCGACCAUGUAUCUCUGAACUGAUCUUUCAUUUCCCAGGAAGUCUUCGGGCUGCAAGAAACCACAGUCGUGCCUCGUCUUGGGGAGCGCGGUUGGUGGGCGCCUUGUCUACCCACGACUCGAUGUCUGAAUCAAAAAGCAACUUGUAUACCGACGAGCGAGUUUGGUACGAUCAGUUCACCUCAACCGAUUGGGUGCACGACAGUAUUGCCGAUGCAUAUCGAGUAAAGGCUCUGCGAAGCCGGACGGAUAUUCGUGGGAAAAUACUGGCUUCGAUCGACGGUAUACAAGGCUGGAUACUGAGUGCUUUGGUUGGCUGUCUCACCGCACUUCUGGCAUAUUUUGUCGAUGUAUCCGAGUCUCCAUUUUUUGACUGGAAAGAUGGUUAUUGCUCGGAUGGAUUUCUCAUUAGCGAAAAGGUAUGUAUAUGGCAGGUUUCUUUCAUGUUUUUGGGACUGGACUUGCAGAUUCUACACUUCUUUCAAUUAAGAAGCCUAUAUUGUAUUCAGACUCGAACCCUGAAUACUCAAAUGCUUCCUCCAUGAACCAUGCUCCUUCUUUUGGGCAAUCCCAACCAGAGUUCUCCAACCCCAUACAGAAUGCCAGUAUCAUAUACAAAAAUCAAAUUCGGGUCACCUCUUAGUAUGUGGUACCUGACUAACAAGAAGAAUAGCACUGCUGCCCUGACGGAGGUCGAUGCGACGCCUGGAAAUCGUGGUCAACUUAUGUUCAAAUACCCCACGUCUCCGAAGACAUUGUGGAAUUUGUUAUCUUCGUAAUUUUGGUGGUGACGUUUGCGACUGUCUCUUGCUUGAUGACUUUGACGACCAAGACUAUCGUACCCUCAACAUAUCACAUAAGUACGCUCGAUGAAAAUCUGGCUGCAGAUCCCCGGGCGCCACAGGAACAAGACGAUGGUCCUGCCAGUCCCAAAUCCAAUGCAGAGGGCUCUUACAAGGGGGACAUGGUCUACUACUCAGCCGCGGGAAGUGGUGUUGCUGAAGUUCGAGUUAUUCUCAGUGGUUUCGUUUUGCACGGAUUUUUGGGCGUGAGAACAUUGGUGAUUAAGACUGCUGCAUUGAUUCUAAGUGUGGCUUCAGGUCUAAGCUUAGGAAAAGAGGGCCCCUUUGUGCAUAUUGCAACUUGCGUGGGUAACAUCGCCUGCCGACUGUUCUCCAAAUACGACCGGAACGAUGGGAAACGCAGAGAGGUAUUGUCGGCUGCUGCCGCGGCCGGUGUUGCAGUUGCUUUCGGAGCUCCUCUAGGCGGUGUUUUGUUCUCGUUGGAAGAAGUCGCGUAUUUUUUCCCUGCCAAAACUCUGUUUAGGACAUUCUUUUGCUGUAUCACUGCGGCUCUGUCACUCAAAUUCUUGAAUCCUUAUGGCACCAACAAAAUCGUUAUCUUUGAAGUUCGUUAUUUGAAGGACUGGGAAUUUUUUGAACUUGUUGGAUUUGCUUUAACUGGUGUACUUGGGGGCGCAGUUGGAGCCAUUUUCAUCAAAGCAUCUCGAGCUUGGGCCAAAUCUUUCCGAAAGAUAUCAGUCGUCAAAAAGCGGCCACUCCUUGAGGUUAUGCUUGUCGCUUUACUCACCGGUCUUGUCAGUUGGUGGAAUCCUUACACCAAGCUUCCUGUGGCGAAAUUGUUAUUCAACCUCUCGAGUCCGUGUGAUAUUAACAAACCUGAUGAAAUGGGACUUUGCCCAAGAGAUAUUGAUGACAUUUGGCCCAUAAUUCUAAGUCUCAGUAUCGCAUUCUUCAUUAAAGGCAUUUUGACAAUCAUCACUUUUGGAAUUGUAAGUCAGCCCGUGGCAAUAUCACUGAAUACCCGACUCUCCCAACCCUCAAAACAGGGCAAUUCAAUUAACUCUCCAACAGAAAGUCCCAGCUGGUAUUUAUGUACCUUCCAUGGUUGUAGGCGGUUUUCUUGGUCGCAUAGUAGGACACUUUAUGCAAUGGCUUGUUCUUCGAUUCCCCACCAAUCCAAUUUUUGGCAACUGUGCGGCUCACGCUGAUGGGACGUCGUGUAUUACUCCUGGUGUAUAUGCCCUCAUCGCAGCCGGAUCAACUAUGUGUGGUGUGACAAGGUUAUCCAUAACUCUCGCGGUCAUCUUGUUCGAGUUAACUGGAAGUCUUGAUUAUAUUCUGCCCUUCUCGCUUGCUAUCCUGGUCGCGAAAUGGACCGCGGACUUUUUGGAACCACUCAGCAUUUAUGUAAGUUGGUUUCGAAUUUCUCUUUUUACACUCACUAAUCUCGAUGUAGGAUCUUUUAACCAACAUGAACUCCUACCCAUUCUUAAACAACAAACAUAAGCCAGUCUUCACUUCAAACCUGAUUGAUAUCGUACCUCGAGUACGUCGCGAACGGGUUAUUGAUAUUUCCACCUCACCACUGGUCUCAGCAACCAGUCUUCGAACGAAACUGGAGAUUCUUCAUCAAGCUGGAGAGGUCGAUGGCGGUCUACCUAUUCUUCGAGAUGAGGUUCUCGUAGGACUGAUUCCAGCUCCUGAUCUAGCAUUUGCUCUGGAUAAUUUGGAAGACGAGGGCGAGACUUUGUGCUUGAUGACGAAGGUCCUGAGAAUGGAUGACUCUGAUGAUGAGGGAGCUGAUCCUACUGAUUUCACACCAUUUAUUGAUCCUGUAAGUUUUGAGAAAGCAUAAUAUGAUUGGGAGCAUACUGAUAGAUGCUCGUGUAGGCGCCUUUGGCACUUGAUAUUCACUCACCUAUGGAUCUUGUUUAUGAGUGUUUUGUCAAGUUGGGGUUGAGAUAUGUUUGUGUGAAUCGGGAUGGUCGAUUUGCUGGUCUUGUAAGUUGAAUCUUGAUAUCCCCAUUAUGCGUCGUAGGAUUUUACUAAUUUCCUGGAACAGACGCAUAAAAAGACCUUUGUAAAAUACAUGCGAGAGAUGGAGGAGAAAGAGGGGCAUGUUUGAUUCUUGAGCAUUACGCCCCCUUUCUACAUUGUGUUUUUAGGCUCACGCCUUACGCUGCAUUGCGAACUCGCCUUUUACGCAUUUCCUGGGUUGUUUUUUUUCGUCUCUUCUCUCUGGGGUGUUAUGGCGUUCCUUUUUUCUGACGGCGGACUUUUGAUAUGUGGUAUUUUGUUUUGUGGGUUUCCCUUGUUGGGUUUUCUUAUUAUUUUCAUUUAAUACUCUUUUUUUAAGAGCAUGAAGUACGUAUCUGGGUAUGAUGGCAUUUUCUUCUAUGGUACCUUGCAUGGUCUUUUCGCGUCUGCACGUUUGUUACCGACUAUUGCUGGCGUUGAUGUUUUGCUUUUUUUGUGGUUGGAGGGGUCGUUGGUGAGAGA